CCCCGUCUUGACGCUCAUUGGUCCUCGCCGGCGUCGGGGCGGGAGGCGGAGCGGCGCGGCGCGGAGCCGAGCAGGACGGCCGCCAUCUUGCGCGGAGAAGGUGUCGGAACCUGAGGCUGCGGACGAGAGUGCCCGCUGGCCCGCGGCCCAGCCGAAGCUCUUUCCCGCCGCCUUUCUGCGCCUCCCCCCGGUUCAGCCCCGCCUGACCCUCCGCCUAGCACGGUCCCCUGACCCUCAGUCCGGCCGGGUCCGGCCUCCCAGCGGGGUCAAGCAGCCGCCCCGGGGACGAUGAACGGAGGAUAAAUGGUGCCCAAGGCAGACAGCGGCGCCUUCCUCCUGCUCUUCCUGCUCGUGCUCACUGUCACCGAGCCGCUGCGGCCAGAGCUGCGGUGCAACCCUGGGCAGUUUGCCUGUCGCAGUGGCACUAUCCAGUGCAUCCCCCUCCCUUGGCAGUGUGACGGCUGGGCGACUUGCGAGGAUGAGAGCGAUGAAGCCAACUGUCCAGAAGUGACCGGGGAGGCACGUCCUUACCAUGGGAAGGAGGCUGUGGAUCCGAGACAGGGGCGGGCCAGAGGAGGUGACCCCACGCACUUCCACACGGUGAACGUGGCGCAGCCUGUCCGCUUCAGCAGUUUCCUAGGGAAGUGCCCGACAGGGUGGCACCACUACGAAGGCACGGCCAGCUGCUACAGGGUCUACCUGAGUGGGGAGAACUACUGGGAUGCCGCACAGACCUGCCAGCGCCUGAAUGGCUCUCUGGCCACCUUCUCUACAGACCAGGAGCUGCGCUUUGUCCUGGCCCAGGAAUGGGACCAGCCUGAGCGGAGCUUUGGUUGGAAGGACCAGCGCAAGUUGUGGGUUGGCUAUCAGUAUGUCAUCACUGGCCGGAACCACUCCUUGGAAGGUCGCUGGGAGGUCGCAUUCAAAGGCUCCUCAGAGGUGUUCCUGCCCCCAGACCCCAUCUUUGCCUCAGCCAUGUCUGAGAACGACAACGUGUUCUGUGCCCAGCUCCAGUGCUUCCACUUCCCCACCCUGCGGCACCACGACCUCCACAGCUGGCACGCCGAGAGCUGCUACGAGAAGUCUUCGUUUCUGUGUAAAAGAAGUCAAACAUGUGUUGACAUCAAGGACAACGUGGUGGAUGAAGGGUUCUACUUCACCCCUAAGGGGGACGAUCCAUGCCUGAGCUGCACCUGCCAUGGAGGGGAGCCUGAGAUGUGCGUGGCUGCUCUCUGUGAGAGGCCCCAAGGCUGUCAGCAGUACCGCAAGGACCCCAAAGAGUGCUGCAAGUUCAUGUGUCUGGACCCAGAUGGCAACAGCCUAUUCGACUCCAUGGCCAGUGGGAUGCGCCUGGUCGUCAGCUGCAUCUCCUCUUUCCUCAUCCUGUCGCUGCUGCUCUUCAUGGUCCACCGGCUGCGUCAGCGGCGCCGGGAGCGCAUCGAGUCCCUGAUUGGAGCAAACUUGCACCACUUCAACCUCGGCCGCAGGAUCCCUGGCUUUGAUUACGGCCCAGAUGGUUUCGGCACAGGCCUCACGCCGCUGCAUCUUUCUGACGAUGGAGAGGGCGGGACUUUCCACUUCCACGACCCUCCACCUCCCUACACGGCAUACAAGUACCCGGACAUCGGCCAGCCUGACGACCCCCCGCCACCCUACGAGGCCUCCAUCCACCCGGACAGUGUGUUCUAUGACCCUGCAGAUGAUGAUGCUUUUGAGCCCGAGGAAGUCAGCCUGCCAGCACCUGGGGAUGGUGGAAGUGAAGGUGCAUUACCCCGGCGCCUGGAGCAGCCUCUGCCCACUGCAGGGGCCUCUCUGGCAGACCUGGAAGACUCUGCCGACAGCAGCAGUGCCCUGCUUGUGCCCCCUAACCCUGCCCAGAGUGGGAGCACCCCAGUUGCAGAGGCACUGCCAGGGGGCAGCCGCCACAGCCGCAGCUCCCUCAAUACUGUGGUGUAGACGGUCCAGCCUGUACCCUAACAGUCUGGGAGCACCUGUAUGCUGUCGAAAACACCUGUGGGAGACUUGAAAGGCCCCUGUCCCAGCCUGGACCCCGCGCACUGCUGCACAUCACUGGCAGGCACGCGUGUGUACAUAGAGACCAUGGCCCGCCUCCUGCCAAAAGAAGUGGUGGCUUGCACCAAGCUUCCUUGAGGGCUUCAGAAACAUGCAUAGCUUUGGGUCACUGUCUCCUCAUUUUUAAAUAGCAGAAGAGUGACAAAAUUGUUCAGUCCCACAUUUUAAGAGGCAGGGAAUGAAGAAAGUACUGUGGGGCCAUGGCCACACCUGACAUGUCUUUGGUGGGCUUGCUUGCUUCAGUGUGCUGUCCAGAGAGGCCUGCUGACCAGUCACCCAGCCUGGGUCGGGCACAGCGGGGGCUGCCAUGGUGCCCCUUGCUGGCCGCCCUCAGGAGGGGGCCUCUGGGCUGUCAGGGUGGUAUAGGCAGUGGGUCUGCUUCAGGGAGACAGCCUCUGAGUUUGCCACAAUGACUACCCUGGGGCUCUGGAACCUGAAGCCCUGAGAAGGAGAGCUUUGAAGGAGAUUGAGCUCUUCACUGUGUCUUUCCGUCUGGGCGCUCUGCAGCUCAGCUCUGUGGCAGGAGGCCUGACCCCACCCCGUCAGUCCCUCCCAACAUUGCUGUGCAUGGCUUCCCCAGGAGGAAGCUCUGGAGUGGCGCUGAGGCCCCAGGUGCUCUGCCAGGGCCUGGAGGCUGAGCCGCCUCCUGCCUCUCCUCUCUGGAGCCCUGGGCUCCUGCCUCCUGUUAAAUUGCCCCUGGGCUUGCCCCUGACCUGGUUUGUGCCAUAAAGGGUUGCUUCAUUGGGGGUGGGGUGGCUGAAACCACCAUCCUGAGCUGUAUCUGUCUCCUUAGAGUCAACUCCUUAAACCACCACCACUGCUGCAGCUCUGCCCAGCAGCCGCAUGCACACCUCGGCCCCUCCUCAGCAGUGCAGGGGCUGGGGACUCUGCCUGGGACCCUUUUCCCUAAAAGACCCUGUUGCCUGCUGCCGGGCAGUGGUCUUGAAGCCUGACACAGGGCCUUUAACGUUUCUGAGGUUUGGAGAUUAAGCGGGUUCUGUGCGAUUUUUAGCACAUCCAUAUCUUUUCUACGUUGAAUGUCUGGAUCUUUCCUUUCUAUGUUUGUGUCUCUGUGUGUGUAUGUGGCCAAGUGUUUGCAGGUGAGGGUGGCACAUGGAACUUUGCUGAUGGGUGGGGGCCCACUCUUCCAGGGUCAUCGAUGCAUCCUGGGCUGUGCUGAGGCAGGGCUGUGUCUUGCUCAGUCUUUUCAGACCAGCAGGACGAGGCCUGGCAGGAGCAUGCCGUUCUGUGGUGCUGCUUGGGGAUGGACUCCAUGCACAGUCCACUUCUUGAUACGUUGUCACACUGUGUCUGGAGACCCAUUUUUUCCAUCCCGUGUGGAAUGAAAAUCUUGAGUUGCCACAGACUUGGCCUUCAUACCAGAUCUGUGUUCUGUCACUGAAUUGCUUGGCCUACUGGAGGCUGUGUGCUGGCAGGCUUGUGCUCCCCUUGCAGAAGGGCUGCUACUUCCUUGAGAAGGAAGUUCUGGCCACAAGACUCCCAUGCUGGCUGCAGAGGACAAAGCAGGAAGCACAUCAUGCAUGGGACAGUGCAGCCAGGUUCCAGAGCAGCCGGCAUGUGCAUUCUGGGUGCGUGGUGACCAUCGAGGGCCUGAGGACCACAUUGCAGAGUCCCCCAUGGACCUGAGCCCAAGAGCUCAGAGGGUUUGUACCGGGCCUUAAAGCUCUGUGCAGCAGGGUGGCUAGCAUGAGAUCUGUAGGACUGGAAAGCUUCCUUUGGGGACCAGAGGAACAUUAGGGCCAGUCAGGCAUGUAGGGGGCAUUGAGGAAGGGGCUAAAGUGGACCAUGCCAGCUGCAGAGGGUGAGCCUCUGGGCUGGCCAGGGGUUUCUGGAUGGCCCUUUCCCCAUCGGCCUCCACAACUGUUUAGGUCAACUGGCACCUCAGGCUGGGCAGAAUGCCCAUUUGCAGGGCUUCCCAGAACACUGCCGCCAUCCAGAAUGCCCCUUUUGCAAGGCCUGCUGCAGCCCCCAGUCUCACCAGAGUCCUGGGGCCAUGCUUGCCGAGGCUUGUGCUCCGGGGGUCCUCCUUCCCCAGGACCACCUUGCUACGUUUGCAGAGACCAGAUGCCCUCUGACCUCCCUUGCAGAGGUGGGAUUUGAUACUGUAUGUUGUCUCAAUGCCUGUUUUUUAAUGUCUUCCUUUCAUUAAGGGUUUUUAGUUUGGGUUUAAUUUUGGUUGGGUUGGCACUAACUCUUAAGAUGCUGUGAGAACCAUUUCAUCCAAAUGCCAAAUAAACGUGUUCUGGACGA